AUGAAGGCUGCAUUCUCCGUCCUGGCUCUGGCCGCCUCUGCGCUGGCCAGCAACAUGCCCCCUGUCCGCCGUGGCAACGUCUACAAUGCCCACUAUGCCCGCAACGUGACUGGCAGCAGCAUCCCGGCUGUCGUCACCGAGACGGACGUCACCUACACCACCACCACCGUGUGCCCGCUGACGACGACGUCGCUCGUCUCUGGCGUCCCGACGGUGAUCACCACCGAGGUCACCUCAACCCUCACCAUCACCAGCUGCAGCGGUGGCUGCACCAAGACCACGGCCCCGGUCGCUCCCGUGACUGAGACUGACACGGAGGUCACCUACACGACCACGACGGUGUGCCCUCUGACCUCCACCACCAGCGUCUCUGGCAUCCCGACCGUGAUCACGACCCUGACCACGUCGAUCCUCACCAUCACCAGCUGCAAGGGUGGCUGCACCAAGACCACUGCUCCGGUCACCAUUACCUCCGUGCCCGAGACCACUGCUCCGGUGGCCCCCGUCACUGAGACCGACACGGAGGUCACCUACACCACCACGACCGUCUGCCCGCUCACCACCACGACCAGCGUCUCUGGCACGCCCGUCGUGCUCACGACCCUGACCACGUCCACCCUGACCAUCACCAGCUGCAAGGGCGGUUGCACCAAGACCACGGCUCCGGCUGUUGUGCCUGGCACCACCACUGACGUCGCCCCUGGUACCACCACCGAGCUGACGACCUACUACACCACCGUGUGCCCCGUCACGUCGACCUACGUGUCCAAGAACUCGACCUCGUACUCGACCUACACGACAACCAGCUCGGUCACCACCGUUGUCCCGGCCACCGUCUACCAGACCACCUCCGUCUACGUCACGACAUCUUGCCCCGUGGUCACUUACACCACCACGUCUGAGGGUGUUACUAUCGUGUCGUCCUCGAGCACGACCGUGACUGUUCCGUGCACCACGACCUACUCCACCACGGUCCCCGUCGUUGCUGUCAGCACCACUGCUGUCCCUGCCACCACCGCCCCGGUUGCUGGUGCCAGCGUGACGAGCGUUGUCCCGGUUGUCGUUCCUGGCACCACCACCGCCCCGGUUGUUGUUCCUGGCACCACUGCUGCUACCUCGGCCACCAAGGUCACCAAGGCCACCACCCCCGGCACCAUCGUCACCACGAUCCCUUCCUCUACUGGCAUCGUCGUCACUGCUGGUGCUCAGCAGAACGUUCCGGCUGUCGCCGCCCUUGUCGGCAUGGUCGGUCUUCUGGCCCUGUUCUAA